GGGACACCCGCAGGCCGCAGCCCCGCGCCGCCUUCCUUUCACCGUUCCGUCCCACCGCCGAUCCCGUGCAGUGCAGGUGCAGCACUAACACAGCGCCCAACCCCGUGCCGCGCACGCGGCUAUGGCGGCGGCGACCGGCGCAGGUGCGGUGAGCGAGGGGAUGCGGCGGCUCACGCAGCUCUCGCUCGUCUCCAAGGUCUGCUCGGAGCUGGAGUCCCACCUCGGCGUCGCGGACCGCGUCCUGGCCGAGUUCGUCGUCGACCUGGGCCGCGCCUCCGCCUCCGCCGCCGCCUUCGCCGCCGCGCUCAGGGACCACGGCGCCGAGCUGCCGGACUACCUCGUCCGCUCCCUCCACGCCGUCAUCACCGCCAUCCCGGACAGCGGCCCCGCUCCCCCCGCCUCCCGUGGUGCUGGUGCCCGGGGGCGCGUGGACAAGGCGGCGGGGGCGGGGGCGGACGAGGACCAGGAGCCGGAGUUGAACCAGGUGCGCCGGGGGAGGAUCACCCGGGUGGGCGACGCCGGGUGCUUCGUCCGCCUCGGCGCCGGCGCGCGCGGCCGCGAGGGCCUCGUGCACGUCUCCCAGAUGCCCGGCGGCCGCCGCGCCACCGUCACGCGCGGGCAGGAGGUGUUCGUCAAGGUCGUCUCGGUGGAUGGCGCCAAGCUGGGACUGUCGAUGCGAGACGUCGAUCAGGAUACCGGAAGGGAUCUCCUGCCUAUGCCUCGAAACCGUGGGGAGGAGGACGCGCCGAGGGCAAAUCCGCCAGCUGAUCGUGCCGGAGCCGCCGGGAGGAGGAGGAAGGGGGUUUCUGGGAUUUUCGUUCCCGAUGAGAACGAGGACAAGGCUGGUCCUGCGCCUCGCAGGCCAACUAGGCGGAUGACCUCACCGGAGAGGUGGGAGGUGAAGCAGCUGAUUGCGUCGGGGGUGUUGGAUGCCAAGGACUACCCGGUGUUGGAUGAGGAUGAUCAGGGGAUGUUCUACCAGGAGGAAGAAGUGGAGCUUGAGAUUGAACUCAAUGAGGAUGAGCCGGCGUUCUUGCGGGGAAAGGGGCGAUCCUCGGCUGACAUGUCUCCAGUGAGGAUUUCCAUGAAUCCCGAGGGGUCGAUGAGCCGUGCGGCAGCACUGCAGUCUGCGCUUAUCAAGGAGAGGCGUGAUAUUCGCACCCAGGAGCAAAGAGGAAUGGUUGAUGCAAUCCCCAAGGACCUUAACCGGUCAUGGGAGGAUCCCAUGUCAAGUGGUGGAAGGUAUCUGAUGCAGGAGCUGGUGGGCACUGGACUAUCAGCACAGAGUGUGCCGGAAUGGAAGAUGACAUAUGGGAAGGCCGGAACAUAUGGGCAGAAGUCGAGGCUUUCGAUUCAGGAGCAGAGACAAAGCCUUCCAAUAUUCAAGCUGAAAAAGGAGCUGAUCAAUGCUGUUAAUGACAACCAAGUCUUGGUGGUUAUCGGUGAGACUGGCUCAGGGAAAACAACCCAGGUUACGCAGUACCUCGCCGAGGCAGGGUAUACUACAAAGGGAAAGAUUGCAUGUACUCAACCUCGCAGGGUUGCUGCAGAGUCGAUUGCAAAGCGAGUAGCAGAGGAGGUUGGCUGUCGAGUGGGUGAGGAAGUUGGUUAUUCUAUACGCUUUGAUGAUUGCACAGGACCUGAAACUGUCAUCAAGUACAUGACAGACGGCAUGCUCCUACGUGAGAUUUUGAUGGAUGGAGACCUGUCUUCUUAUUCAGUGGUCAUGCUUGAUGAGGCACAUGAGAGAACCAUCUACACAGACAUUCUCUUCAGUUUGCUAAAGCAGCUAAUUAAGCGGAGAAGUGACCUCAAGUUAAUAGUCACUUCAGCCACUCUUGAUGCUGAGAAGUUCUCUGGUUAUUUUUUUGAUUGCAAUAUUUUCACAAUUCCUGGAAGAACGUUUCCAGUUGAGAUACUACAUACUAAACAGCCAGAGAGUGACUACAUGGAUGCUGCACUGAUCACGGUAUUGCAGAUCCAUCUGACUGAACCCGAAGGAGAUAUCCUAUUGUUCCUGACUGGCCAGGAAGAGAUUGAUCAUGCUUGCGAACGUCUCCAUGAGAGGAUGAAGGCAUUCGGUGGGGACAUACCAGAGCUGAUAAUUUGUCCUGUGUACAGUGCUCUUCCUACUGAAGUUCAGUCGAAGAUAUUCGAACCAGCUCCUCCUGGUAAGAGGAAGGUGGUCGUGGCCACCAACAUAGCAGAAGCAUCUAUUACCAUAGAUGGAAUUUACUAUGUUGUUGACCCAGGCUUUGCAAAGCUAAAUGUCUAUAACCCAAAACUGGGUCUGGAUUCACUGGUUAUCACCCCGAUCUCUCAGGCAUCAGCUAAGCAAAGAGCAGGGCGUGCUGGACGUACAGGUCCAGGUAAAUGUUACCGUCUAUACACUGAGAGUGCCUAUCGCAAUGAAAUACCACCAACAACCACUCCAGAAAUUCAGAGGGCUAACUUGGGGUGGACGGUUCUUAAUAUGAAGGCAAUGGGAAUAAAUGACCUUUUGUCAUUUGACUUCAUGGAUCCUCCAGCAUCUCAAGCACUUAUAUCAGCUAUGGAACAACUGUACAGUCUCGGUGCCUUAGAUGAAGAGGGUCUUCUUACCAGGCUAGGGAGAAAAAUGUCCGAAUUUCCACAAGAACCACCUCUUUCUAAGAUGCUCCUUGCUAGUGUAGACCUUGGAUGCAGUGACGAAAUACUGACAAUCAUUGCAAUGAUUCAGACUGGGAACAUAUUCUAUCGACCAAGGGAGAAGCAAGCACAAGCAGAUCGGAAAAGAUCGAACUUUUUCCAGCCGGAAGGCGAUCAUCUCACCCUACUCACUGUGUAUGAGGCAUGGAAGGCAAAGGGGUUUUCUGGACCAUGGUGUGUUGAGAAUUUCAUUCAGGUAAACUCACUAAGGAGGGCACAGGAUGUGAGGAAACAGCUUCUUGAGAUUAUGGACAAGUUCAAGCUCAAUGUCAUCUCUGCUGGGAACAAUUCCACCAAGAUAGGGAAAGCCCUUGCCGCUGGAUUCUUCUUCCACGCUGCAAGGAAGGACCCCAGUGGAGGGUACCGUACCCUCGCUGAUCAUCAGCAGGUUUAUAUCCACCCGAGCAGCGCUCUCUUUCACCAGCAGCCACAGUUGGUGAUCUACCAUGAAAUUGUUAUGACAACGAAAGAGUAUAUGAGGGAGGUCACGGCGGUGGACCCAAGAUGGUUAGUAGAGUUGGCACCGAGGUUCUAUAGGUCAGUGGACCCAAUGAAGAUCAGUAAGCGAAAACGCCAAGAAAGGAUCGAGCCUUUGUACGAUAGAUACAAUGAGCCCAACUCAUGGCGCCUGAGCAAGCGCCGCUGGUGAUUUUUCAUCAUUUCUUGCAGAGCUUUGAUGUAAUGCUACUGUAGUGUAUAUAUUAAGGUGCUCUUUUAAUGCAUAUGCUCAGAUGAUUGCAAUGCAUGAUACAUGUAUAGUUUUCUCUUCUUAAAGUUGUAAGGCUUGUAAGGAGUACUUUGUCCCCCUUUGAACAGGACGCCAAAUGAUGAUGAGCUUGUCACAGUGAUUUCCUUGUUUUC